AUGAAGAGCAACGAAACCCUCCUGCUGUGUGUGCAGGUAACGCUAUUCAACUCUGCUCAACCGCAUGAACGUAUCAACACCUUCGCCUUUCUCGACAGUGGCUGCUCCUCAACUUUCAUCACGAACUACAUUGCCAGAACACUUCACCUUCAAAUCGAAAAUGAACAGGAAAUUUCACUUCAAACCUUCGCCGCAGCUGGAGCGCAAACGCAUUCAUCUAGUAAUGUGAAAGGAGGACUUAUCUUGGAGAACUACGAGACGGAGAUAUUGAACGCCAAAACUCUGGAAUUCCUCAACGAGAAGAUAGAAAUGAAGCUCAUGAAUCCAUAUGGACGAGACGACCAUCACACAUGGACGACCGAAGAACCACCUGGUAUAGUUAUUGGAAAUGACUACUUCUGGGAGCUCGUACUCUCCAACAACUUCUACAUGAAGACACUACCGAAUGGAUACAAUCUCAUCCACACGCGACUGGGCAACAUCAUGAGCGGAAAACCUCUCCAGAAUCACCAGUCUUUCAUGGCCUUGAGCGACAUCAGAACUCUCGAAAAUCCGCUACAACACCAGAAACUAGAGGAACUAGUGGAAAAAUUCUGGUCACUCGAAUCAGCUGGAAUAUCCGACGAUGUCUCCCGCAGCGAUGAUGACAAGUGCCUUCAAGAAUUCAACGAUACCAUUUACUUCGAUUUCGAUGAGGGACGUUACAUGGUUCGUCUACCAUUCAAGGAAGACAUCUCUGAAUUAUCGAACAAUUUCGAUCUGGCCAUCUCUCGCCUCAGGAGCACCGUGGCAACGUUAAGCAAACAACCAGGGCUUCUAGAAAGACAUCACAAUAUCAUAGUGGAGCAACUGGAAAGAGGAAUCAUCGAAGAAGUUGACGACAACGACAAUACGAGACCGUGUCACUAUCUUCCACAUCAUGGAGUAAUAUCGGAAACAAGCAAAAACAAGAAACUCAGGUGCGUGUACGAUGGAUCCGCCAAAACGAAAGGGAGAAGGAGCCUUAACGAAGUUCUCUACAGAGGACCAGUACUCCUCCCAGAAAUGGCCGGUAUUCUCCUUCGAAUUCGCUUUAUGGAAAUUCUACUCAUUGGCGAUAUUGAAGAGGCGUACCUCAUGGUAGGCCUGGAUGAAGACAGCAGAAAUUUCACCAGAUUUCUGUGGCUUCGCGACCCUUCGCUAGGAAUGCAAGAAGGCAAUAUCGUCACCUAUGUCUUCAAAAGGGUAACCCUCGGUCUCAUUACUUCACCGUUUCUUCUUGCAGGAACGAUUCAUUACCACCUAUGCAACUACAAUACCCCUCUAGCUCAGAAGAUCCUGCGCAACAUCUAUGUGGAUAACCUCUUCCUCGAAGCCACCAAUAUUGACGACGAAGAAAUAUUCAGGCAAGCUGGUAUGAAUGUUCGAGAGUUACCCAGCAAUGACUCAUCUUUCAACAAGUUUCUGGAAAAAGCCGAACGUACACCAGUUGACAAAACGAUGAAGAUAUUAGGACUUCAAUGGGAUACUGAAGCAGACAGCCUCAUCCACGGAACUGAACACCACAUGGACGAAAAGGAAGGUGCUCAAACAUGUUGCAAGCAUAUACGAUCCUCUUGGAUGGGUAUCCCCAUCAACUCUCAUUGCAAAAGCAUUCGUCCAGAAACUGUGGAAAACUCAACUCCCAUGGGAUGCAGUACUACCAUAAGAACUCUCUAA